UUUUUUAUUUUUACAUUAAUUAUGAAUAUAAUUCCUCUACAAGCUAUUCUUGCCUUAGCCAUGUUUUUGACAACUGCAUUAGCUGGUUUACUUCCUAUUAAAUUAUUAAAUAUGAUAAAUAGAAGGAGAGACGAGGAAAAUGAAAGGCAAUUUAUUUUUAGAAACCAGACUCGCAGAAUGGAUACUUUCUUUAUUAUCAUGUUUUGCGGGAGGUGUAUUUAUGGGAACUUGCUUUCUAGAUAUUUUUCCACAUAUAAAUGAAAACUAUGAACGUUUUAUAAUAAAAUCUAAAUGGAAAAUAGAAUAUCCAUUAACACAAUUCUUCGUCUGUUGCGGGUUUUUUCUUGUUUAUUUAUUAGAAGAAUUAAUUUUAAAAAUAUUUUCUUCAUCAGCUUUACAUGCCGGGCAUUCACAUUCUGCUGGAAAUAAUAAUUCACAUCAUCACAAACAUAGAAGGGAUAAAAUAAAAUGUAGAGAAGAACAUUUAAAAACAUCAAAUAUAGUAAAUAGUAAUAAUAAUUGUAAUAGUGAUGGAAAUGUUUUACAACAAUCUACACAUGUUGUUGUUGUUAGGAGAUCAGACGGCGAGGAGUCUGAUUCAAUUAAUUCUGCAAAACAAUUUAAACAACGUUCAAUAAGUAUAUUAACACAAGAAUAUCUAAAUAAUGAACAAGUUGAUGAUAGUUUAUUAAAAUCUAUAACAUUUGCUGUGGCAAUGUCUUUUCAUUCUAUUUUGGAGGGAUUUGCACUUGGAGUUCAAAAUAAUCAAAAAGGCAUAAUGACACUCUUCAUUUCCUUAAUCAUCCACAAAGGAAUAGAAGCAUUCAGUGUUGGUCUACAGAUAACCAGAUCAAACGCCAAAAGAAUGAUAAUUGUUGUGUUGACUAUUGGAAUUUAUGCUAUGAUGACACCUUUUGGAUCUAUGGUUGGAGUUUUACUUACGAAUCUAAACAUUGACGAGGUACUUAAAGAUGGCAUCGUAAUUGUGUUAGAAUCAUUUGCUGGCGGAACUUUUAUUUAUGUAACAUUCUUCGAAGUACUUUCUCAAGAACGGGCCAAUGAAUUUUCUAAUCUUGUACAGCUUUGUGCAAUUGUUUUUGGUUUUCUUGUAGUUAGUGUUUUGCAAAUAAAUGAAAGUAUUGCCGAAAAAUAUGUAGAACGAGAUUCUUCUACAAAUGGAGUUUGA